AUGUAUUCAUUUUGUUCCUUUUUUUGGCCUACUGCCACAUUUAUCCUUCUCGGAUACAUCCUCUAUCCACGAGUAUCACAAAGAAUAAGAAAAAUAAGAGUCCGUGAGGGUGACUACCAGGUAGUCGUGAUUGUCAACAGAGACCUAGGAAUGUCGAAGGGAAAAGUAUUGAGUCAGUUUGGCCAUGCCAUCGACUCCCUGCAUGAGAGACUCAAGGACCAUCCCGAUCUAGUACGAGCAUGGAGGAACAAUGGCUCCGCAAAGAUUGCUCUAAAAGGAACUCAGGAGGAUCUAAACAAGGCAUACUACGAUGCAAAGACUCUGGGAAUGCCCUAUGUUAGAAUAUUUGAUGCAGGAAAGACACAGGUUAAGGCCGGGUCGAAACACAGUUGUGGUACUGGGGCCAGCAACCAAGGAGCAGUUCCAACCUGUGACAGGAUACCUCCAGCUGUACUAGAUACUAUCAUUAAAUUAUUAAUAUUGGCACAAUCGACUGCUGCGAUGCAUAGUCUUCUUUAUUGCAUCUUCUUGCCACCAAAGCCCUACAUCAUUAGGAAAUCUCCUUUGUAUCAAUCUACCAAAAUCGGACAUUCUCCACGUAGCACAAUAGCUGAGAAAUACUAA